UAUAAUGUAAUUUCCUUUUCUUUUCAGAUUUUGUGAGGGAUAUGUAAUCUGGGCAUUGAAUAUUUUGUUUUUGCUUUCGGUUUUUGGUUUAUUUAAGGUCAUAAAGUUUAGAUCUUUUAAAGGACUCGCAAUUUGCAUGAUAGUCAAAUUGCUUCGGUUUUUCGUUUAUUUCUUGGUUUUCUGAUUCUUGUGGUUAAUCGAGUUAUUGGGUUUCUCUGGACAUCAGUAAAUAUGUUUUUUUUUUAAUAUAUAUGAUUUCUGUUAAAUUAUUCUUUCUUUUUCUGGAAAUAUGUGGAAAGUUGAGACCAUCUUGUCUUUUGAUUUGUCCAGCAUCCUGUAUAUUGGUUUCUUAGAAAUUUAUUGUGGUGGGUGAAUUUGACUGUUACCUUGCUGUAUUUGCUUUCAUUAUGCAUAAUGCCAGUGGUGUCUUUUCUCAGCAUGUUAUUAUUUGAAUGCAUUAUAUAGACGUAUGUGAAGAAGAACUAACCUUAUAAUAUGUCAUGUUUUCAUAUUUAAUGAGCACGCUACCGUCCUAAAUAACCCUGUCUGACAACCCUGAUGAAAGUGAAGAGCCAGAGGUUUUCAAAAGUCAAAGGGCAUUGUGUUCAAUCCCUUACUUGAGGUGGCUAUGAUGUGUUCCUAUAUCAAAAUAUAUUGGAUUGUCCUAUAAACAAUCCAUGGUAGUUGAUGAGUUGCACUUGAUCCAUCAAAAUGUAGUAAAUUGAGUAUGGACGAAAAGAGAGAACUUGUCUAUGAAUUAUCAAAGAGGACACAUAGGGCCUCUGAAAUGCUACAAUCUUGGAGCCGUCAGGAGAUUUUACAGAUCCUAUGUGCAGAGAUGGGGAAGGAAAGGAAAUAUACUGGCUUGACUAAGCUGAAAAUUAUAGAAAACCUUUUGAAAAUUGUAGCUGAAAAGAAUUCUGGUGAACAUGAGGGUGUAACAGAUCCGGAAUCCCAAUCUUCCCCAACAAAUGGCCAGAGAACAUCCAAAAGGCAGAGGAAAGCUGAUAAUCCUUCCCGACUGCCUGUACCAGUGAAUGAUCUUGCAAUCACUACUGGUGGCAAUGACAUGAGUAAUGCUAUUUAUUGCAAAAACUCAGCUUGCAAAGCUACCUUGAGGCAAGAAGAUGCAUUUUGCAAGAGGUGUUCCUGCUGCAUCUGUUAUAAGUUUGAUGACAACAAGGAUCCUAGCCUGUGGUUAAUCUGUAGCUCAGAGCCUCCUUGCCAGGGCAAUUCUUGUGGCAUGUCAUGUCAUCUUGAAUGUGCUUUAAAACAUGAGAAGUCUGGUAUUGGAAAAGAUAGACGACAUGCUGGACUUGAUGGGAGCUUUUGUUGUGUAGCAUGUGGGAAAGUAAAUGAUUUGCUCGGGUGCUGGAGAAAACAACUGAUGGCUGCAAAAGAUACAAGGAGGGUGGACAUACUUUGUUAUCGUGUCUCUCUAGGCCAAAAACUUCUUAAUGGGACUGAAAAAUACCGAAAGCUUUCUGAGAUUGUUGAUAAAGCUGUUAAGAAGCUUGAAGCUGAAGUAGGUCCAUUAACUGGUUUGCCUGUGAAGAUGGGUAGGGGUAUUGUCAACAGGCUUUCUUCAGGACCAGAAGUUCAGAAACUCUGUUCUUCUGCUGUGGAGUCACUAGAUAAAAUCCUUUUUGAUACAAUCUCACAUUCUUCACCAAAUCAUUCAAUACCAGCUGGUUCAAGUUCAAUUCCUCCAGCAAUAGUACGCUUUGAAGAUGUUUGUCCAACUUCCCUUUCUGUGAUUGUGGGUUCUGAAGAGCCUUUACCAGGCAGUAGUGUCGGUUACACCUUAUGGCAUCGCAAGGUUCAUGAUAGGGAUUACCCUGUUAAAUCAACUUGUACUCUGUGUGUGCCAGAUAGAAGGUUUGUUGUCACAGGGCUAACUCCAGCUACUGAGUAUCAUUUCAAAAUUGUCUCCUUUAAUGGUACAAGAGAGUUUGGUCCAUGGGAAGUUUCAAUUUCAACAGCCUGUAGUGGGGAUGAAGUCCCAAGCUGCCCAGUGAUGGAAAGAAGUCAAAGCCCAGCGACCAACUGUAGCAGCCUUUCGAAUCCAUCUUCGGUGGAGGAUGAAACUAAUAACAUUACUCCAUACAGUGAUCAGAAUGAUGACCGAGCAGACAAUUAUGUUACAUAUUGCAAGGACACUGAUAAAAUUGUUUCCACGAAUCUCUCUAAAGGUGCUAUCAACUGCACUGUCCUUGGUGAAGAUGGAGUUCCAGCAGAUGCAGUUUCCCUGUUGGGUGAGGUACGUGCCAUGGAGAUAGUUGGACCUAUGCCUGAUUCUGUUGUCCUAAAUGUUGAGAAAAAGCACACAUCAGAAGACCCAAUUACUGAGGAGACAAGCACGGAUGAUGGCUCUGAUGCCCCAGUUCAGACUGGUACUGAGUGUGUGCCAUUUGUUGGUUGCUCAGAAGCUGGCUUGCCCAUUACUCCCUGCAGGAUGGAAAUAAUUAAAGAUGGACCAGGAAGGAGUGGGAGAUCUAAGUCCAGCAACAAGGACCUAGAGAAUGGGGCCGGGAAAGGAGAAGACCCCCAAGAUGGCAGCACCUCAAAGAAGAGAAGCGGGGAGAGGCGGGAUGAGGAAUGUGUGGAAAAUGGUCUCUCAGAAACGGAUUUUGAGCAUUGUGUGAAGGUGAUCAGAUGGUUAGAGUGUAAGGGACAUAUUGAGAAAAACUUCAGGCAGAAAUUCCUCACCUGGUACAGCUUGCGGGCAACCCCACAGGAGGUAAGGAUUGUGAAGGUCUUUGUUGAUAUCUUCAUUACAGAUCCAGCAUCUCUCGCAGAGCAGCUUGUGGACACAUUUGCAGAUUGUAUCUCAAGCAAAAAAUCAUCUGUCGUGCCUGCUGGCUUCUGCAUGAAGCUUUGGCACUGACAUUUAUGGGUCCUGCUGAGAUCAAGUAGUUUUUGAGUGCAAACCUGCUCAGGGUUUGUGUUAGUAUAAUUCUUUAGACCCAUAACAUUCUUCAUUUAGACUGUCAACCAACCAUGAUUUAUAUUUACCAUUAGCUUUUGUCAUUCUUAUGAUUAUGUAAGAAUGCCAGAAUUCUUAUCCUUUUAUAGAACAGUCCUUGGCUCAUGGUGUUUUGGUUU